CUUUUCCCCCCACAGAUACAGAUAUCAUCAUCAGAGCUUGGAGAUCUCAACGAUCGCAAUUGUGAUUGAGCGUAGAAUUCCCGCCAGAUCUGUUUCCGUGCGUGCUAGCCUUUGGAGACCGCACAAAGUGGCCUCUUUUUUGUUGACUUGCAGUCUGGCCCACUGGCAGACCGCAUGGGGGCAACAUGAAUUUGGAGCUGCUUGAUCCCUUCGGUCAGCAUAUUCCAGAGGUCAUUGCAUACAAGCUCACUAGCGAGGACAGUGCAGUAUGCUGCUCUUUCAACUACCAGGGUAACCUCCUGGCUGCGGGGUCCGUCAGGGGAGUGUGCACUAUAUGGGACAUGGAUACACGAGGCAUAGCGAGAACGCUAACAGGACACGUACAUUCCAUAAAUUCGGUCAGUUGGUCACGAUCUGGACGAUAUAUUUUGACCGCGUCGUCGGAUUGGAAUGGUAUAUAUUGGGAUUUGAUGGAUGGGUCAAGAGCAAGAACGAUUCGAUUCGACUGCCCUGUCAUUUCAGCUCAAAUGCAUCCCUUGAACACCAAUCUCUUUGUUGCGCUGUUGCAUGGUGGUUCAGCAGUCUGCGUUCGGCUUUCUGAGAAUCUCGGGGGGAAGAUAGAGCGAUUCGAUUUUCCCGCUGCAUUUGAGGCCUCUGGUGAACUCCUCAAGGCUUGGGAUGAACGGUGCACGGCUGUGUGUUUUGCUCCAUAUGGGAAUAAUGUCUUCAUCGGGAGCCAUAAAGGCAGCAUCGUUGUGCUGAACACAGAAACUCUCAAGGUUUGCAAUGUCAUUCGGGCCACUAGUACUGGAAUUCGAGGGAUGCAUUUUGACGCAAAGGGCCGGGACCUUGUCGUGAAUUCGAAUGACAAAACAAUAAGGGUUUUCAUUGUGGAACAAGAUGCGGAUACUAUAGUAUUGGACAAUGAACAGAAAUUUUUGGACUCAGUGAACCGAAGCCAAUGGGCAAAAUGCUGCUUCAGCGCUGACGGGGAAUAUGUCAUCGGAGGAUCAACCGCUAAGCAUACGCAUCAUAUCUACCUGUGGAACAGGCACAUUGGAAAUUUAAUCAGAAUGCUCGAGGGGGAGAAAGACGGAUUAGUGGACGUUGCGGCGCAUCCAUUUAAACCGAUGUUGGCCUCCAUAGGAUUGUCUGGAAUCAUUUACAUUUGGUCCGCCAGUUAUGUACAAAAAUACUCGGCAUUGGCGCCAGACUUUGAAGAAAUGGAGGAUAAUGAAGAAUAUGAUGAACGGGAGAGUGAGUUUGAUGAAAAUGAAGAACCAGAGAAGCGUGCGGUACAGGAAGAAGACACCGGUGAAGAAAUAGACGUGGUCACCAUCACGCCAGUCAAUGUGUUUGACGACGGGAAUGACCCAAACGCAUUCGUUCUACCGGUGGAUACGAGUGUAAAGCAGGAAAGCCCAACAGAUGAAAAUAGCGAUGACAUAUGGCGAUGGUAUAUCCCGGUGUAAUUGUAUAAAGUAGGCCAACAAAUCCCUUGACUCUACUCUGAUGAAUACGGCAUAGUGCUCUUGUCCAGAUUGUCGCAUUUUACUCCUUCCAGUUUUAAACAGCAGAAAUGUAUCCAGGUGAACCACAAUAUAAGCGGCACAAG